UUUCAAAUCAUUAGAUUCAGGCUGAGCCACAUCUAGUAAUCAAUAUGUUCGCUAAGGUUAUCAUCUUCUGCGCUGCCCUCGCAGCAGUCCACGGCUCAGCCCUCCUUGCCGCACCCCUCGUCAAUACAGGAGUCAGCGUUGAAUCCAGGCAACAAGAUUCUUUGGGUAACUAUGCUUAUGCCUAUGAUAUCAAGGACGGAUUAAGUGGUUCUGUCAACUCAAAGGCUGAAGUAGGAAGAGCAGUUGCUGUUGCCGCUCCCUUGGCUUAUGCUGCUCCAGCUUACGCUGCCCCUGCAAUCGCUGCUCCUUUGACCUACGCCGCCCCUGCAAUUGCCGCUCCAGUUGCUUACGGAGGUGUUCUCGGACACGCUGGUGUGGUUGGCCUUCGAUACGGAGUCGGUCUGGGACAUGGAGCUCCCCUCGGACUGAGAUAUGGAGCAGGUAUCUUGGGAGCUGGAUACGGCAAAGUUUUGCUUUAAAAAAUUACUGAUAUAAAAGGACUACUCCAUGCGCAAUGAAAUUUUAAAUGUGUUAUUUAUUUUGAACAACUGU